GAGGCCACACAGAGUCCCUCAGCUUAUCAAUUUCUAUAUCUUUCUCGUCUCUAUAUCAUGGUUCAUUGAAUUUCCAUCUUUGCUAGGGUUUCUAGUAUUAGAUCAUGUUGGUUUUUAGAAUCUCAAGGUUUGAAUUGAUGUUAGUGUUUUCUGUGUUGAUAUUUCUCAGUAUUGGAGUAGAAUCUAAGUGUAGCAGAGGCUGUGAUCUUGCUUUAGCUUCAUACAAUAUAUGGAAUGGUACAACUCUCAGUUUUAUAGCCACCGCCUUCUCCACUUCUAUUUCUGAAAUUCAAAGCUUCAAUCCUCAAAUAAAUGAUAUAGAUUUGAUCAUAGUUGAUACAAGAUUGAAUAUCCCCUUCUCCUGCAGUUGCAUUGAUGGGGAGUUUCUGGGUCAUACUUUCUUCUACUCUGUUGACAGUAAUGAUACCUACAAUAUUAUUGCUAGGACUUUCUAUGCAAACCUUACUACUGUUGAAUGGUUAGAGAGAUUUAAUAGGUAUGAAGCCACUGAGAUACCUGUCAACGCCAUAAUAAAUGUUACUGUGAAUUGUUCUUGUGGAAAUAGUAGAGUCUCCAAGAAGUAUGGGUUGUUUGUGACCUACCCUCUUCAGCCUGGUGAGAGCUUGUCCUCUAUUGCCAAUGAGUCUGGACUUCCUUCCAAGUUGUUGCAGGAUUACAACCCUGGAGUUGAUUUCAGCCUUGGUAGUGGGUUGGUGUUUAUCCCUGGAAAAGAUCAAAAUGGAAGCUACCCGCCAUUGAAGUUGAGUCAAAAUGGAAUCUCAGUUGGAGUGAUUGCUGGCAUAUCUGUGGCUGGAGUAGCAGGGUCUUUGCUCUUGGCAUUUGUUCUAUAUGUUGGAAUUUAUAAGAGGAAGAUGGGAAAGGCACCACUUCUCCCAGCAGCAUUUGAAGACCAACAUAUGCAACCUGGACAGGGUUAUGGAAGUACCUUGGAAAAAACUUCAGAUUCAGUUGCUCUGGUUGCUGCUGUUUCUCUGGAGCUUGUUGGUAUAACUGCAGACAAAUCAGUGGAGUUCACAUAUGAAGAGCUGGCCAAGGCUACAAAUAACUUUAGUGCAGCUAGUAAGAUUGGCCAAGGCGGUUUUGCAUUAGUUUACUAUGCGGAGCUGCAAGGCCAGAAGGCUGCAAUCAAGAAGAUGGACAUGCAGGCAUCAAAGGAGUUCCUUGCUGAACUAAAAGUUCUAACACAUGUCCAUCACUUCAACCUGGUUCGCCUGAUAGGAUAUUGUGUUACGGGUUCCUUAUUCAUCGUCUAUGAGUACAUUGAGAAUGGCAACUUAAGCCAACAUUUGCGUGGUUCAGGGAAUGAUCCAUUGCCAUGGUCUACUAGGGUCCAAAUCGCCCUUGAUGCAGCCAGAGGGCUUGAAUAUAUUCAUGAGCACACUGUCCCUGUGUAUGUACAUCGUGAUAUUAAAUCAGCGAACAUUUUGAUAGACAAAAACUUGCGUGCAAAGGUUGCAGAUUUUGGAUUAACCAAACUGACUGUAGCUGGAAGUUCUUCAUUGCCCACUCGUCUUGUUGGUACAUUUGGAUACAUGCCUCCAGAAUAUGCUCAAUUUGGUGCAGUUACCCCCAAGAUAGAUGUAUAUGCUUUUGGGGUUGUCCUAUAUGAACUUAUAUCUGCCAAAGAAGCCAUUAUCAAGACAAAUGGAUCUACUACCACUGAAGCAAGAGGACUUGUUGCCUUGUUUGAGAAUGUUCUCAGUUGGCCGGAUCUGAGAGAAGAUUUCUGUGAACUUAUUGACCACAGACUUGGCAAUGACUACCCACUUGACUUAAUUUGGAAGAUGGCCCAGCUUGCCAAAGCUUGCACACAAGAAGAUCCUCAACUGAGACCAAGCAUGCAGUCAGUAGUUGUCGCACUAAUGACGCUUUCAUCCUCGACUGAAGAUUGGGAUGUCAGAUCCGUGUAUGAAAACAAAGCUCUAGUGAAUCUGAUGUCAGGAAGAUAGUGUGUGCCUCACUAUGCUCACUUGUGCGUCGCGAUGCUGAAACAAGUACCUCCCAUGAAAAUGAACCCUUAUUUUACCUGUUUUCAAUUCCACUUUUGUGUCAAUAUCUGUGACUAAGUACUGUGAGAGGGAUUAUAGGUUUUUUUUUUGUGGGAAAACAAUUUUGAGACUAUACUAGGAAAGGAAAACUUAAAAGCAGAUGCUGCCAUUUAUGAUGAGGUGUUUCUUAUCAACCUGGAAUUUUUGUUGUUAAUCGAUUUACUUUUCCCAUUA